UCAACUAAACUAAUAACCAUGUCUACCUUUGCUUUCCUCCUCCUCUGCGUCCAAGCUUGCUUGGUUCAGAAUGCAUUCAGCCAGUGCCUAUAUGGUGGUAUUGGACCAGGUAUCGCCGGCCCUGCACUAGCCAGGGAAGCUGUUCUAGCUGGCACUGCAUUAGGCUUGGGUGUUGGUCUUGCUCCCGCUGCUGUCGCCGCAUAUCCCGCUGCAUACGGUGGUGCCGGUGUCGGUGACGUCGGUGUAGCCGGUGAGAUGGGCGUCGCUGGUACCACUGCGGUUGCCGGUCAAGUGCCGAUACUCGGUGCCGUUGAAUUUGGUGGUGUAGUUCCAGCUGCUGGAACUGUCGCCAUUACUGGAAGCUGUGGCUGCGGAUGCAACGGACCUUAUAUCUUAUGAGAUGAAACGUUUUAAACAAAAAUAAAAUACCGCGCGCAGCCCUCGCGCAUGCCACCACUCCGCCGUCACAUCGGGUGCCACCAACGACUUAAUAUCACAAAAGCUGCCUAAACAUGGCCGC